UCUGACCCCGGGCGCCGCCAUGGAGCGGGCGGCCCCUCCCCCCCCACCGGCGCCCCCUCCCCCACCACCCGCACCCCCUCCCCCCGGGACCCCCAGGAAUCCUUCCGGGAGUCCCCCCGGGCUGGGGCGGGUGCUGAGGGAGGCGCUGCAGAGAGCGGGGCAGGCGCUGGGAGAGGACGGCGGGCUGCGGGAGCUGCUGAGGCGGCGCAGGGACAGGUGUGGGCUGGUGGCCCUGGCCAUGGCCGGGGCUCUGCUGGGACCCCCCCGGCCCCAAUUGGGUCUGGGGGCUCUGCUGGACACGGCGCGGGCCAGGGGCUACAGCCGCCACGGGGAGAUGUUCUCAGCUGCAGACAUGGCCGCCCUGGCCCAGGAGCUGCUGCCCUGCCGGGCUGAGCUGCUGCAGGGGGGGCUGGGGGGGCCCAACCGGGGCCGGGUGCUGCAGCACCUGCGGCGGGGCAGAGCCCUGCUGGUCCCCUAUGACGAGGACAGCAACCACGGUCCGUGCUGCCGCCGGGGUCACAAGGCUCAUUGGGCCCUGAUCAAUGGGCUGCUCCUGGCCGUGCCCCCCCAGCAGCCGCUGGGACCCCGAUUCCAGCGGGACCCCGAGAUCCCCAACGUGUUCCAUGCCCAAUUUGGGGAGGGGGCGGCGGCUGAGGGGGGGGCUCAGGGCGACUCGGGUGGUGCCGAGGGAGAGUCACUAUUUGGGGAGGGGGCUCUGUUUGGGGAGGGGUCCCAUUCUGGGGGUCCCAGGGGAUUGCAGGAGGGGUCUGGGGGCGCUCGUGAGGAUGGGGAGGGAUCCCAGUUUGGGGAGGGGUCGCAGGCUGAGGACGGGUCUCGUUUUGGGGAGGGGUCUCAGGCCGAGGGAACGCCGGAUUUGGGGCGGGGGUCCCAUUUUGGGGCGGGGUCCCAUCCCGAGUCUGUCCCCGAUUUGAGUCCGGGGUCCCGAUUUGGGGAGAGGUUCCAGGCUAGGGAAGGGUCAGGAUCUGGGGAGGGGUCCCGUCCCGAUGCUCUCCCCGAUUUGGGGCGGGGGUCCAAUUUAGAGGAAGGAUCCAAAUUUGAGGAGGGGUCCCCAUCUGGGGGGGGGUCCUAUCCCGAGUCUGUCCCCGAUUUGGGUCGGGGGUCCCGAUUUGGGGCGGGGUCUCCGCUGGUGCUGGCGCUGCAGGGGAAGAGCCCCCGGCCGCAGCUCUGGGCGCUCCCCGAGCUGGGGGCGAGCAAUGCGCAGCUGAGCGAGCUGAGCCCGCGGCGGUGGGGAGGGGGCUUCGUGCUGCCCCCCGGGGGGGUCAGAGCGGGGCUGGGGGGGCGCGCGGUGCUGCUGCACCCCAUAGAGACCCCUCCCCAAUAAACACCAUGGAGACCCCUCCCCAAUAAAUACCCAUGGGGAGGGGGCUCCGUGCUGCCCCCCAGGAGGGUCACAGAGGGACUGGGGGGGCGCGCGGUGCUGCUGCACCCCAAUAAACACCAUGGAGACCCCUCCCCAAUAAACAGCGAUAGAGAUCCCUCCUCAAUUAACACCCUGCAGACCCCUCCCCAAUAAAUCUCAUGGAC